GUGUUUGCCCGAUCAAAAAAAAGACGUUUCCUGCUUUUACACUUUUGUUGCUUUCGCGACUUAUCAUUAUUAAAGAAAUGGCUGUAUUUGCGAGAAUUUUUGAUGGUACGCUGAUGUGCUGUGAUAUACGAGAUGUCAACUAUACAACUGAGAGUCUGGUUGCUAAAAUCAGAGAAGAAGUGAGAUACUUUGAACCAGACUUGCAGGUUUACCAUAAUGGCAGACUCAUUCAGGAAAAUGAAAGGUUACAGAAGAAUGGGACAUACCAUGUUACCCUGCCUCUUCUGGGUGGAAAAGGAGGAUUUGGUGCUAUGUUACGGAUGAUUGGUGCUCAAAUUGAGAAGACUACAAACCGAGAAGCAUGCAGGGACCUAAGUGGAAGGAGGAUGAGAGAUGUAAACAAUGAAAAAAAACUGCAAUCAUGGAUUGAGAAAAAGAAACAGCAGGAGGAAGAACGUGAAAAGCGGAGAAGAGAGAAGCUGGAGAGGAUGCGCUCUACCCCUAAGCACUACUUUGUUGAUCCAACAUAUGACAAACAGAGGGAGGCUGUUACAGAGAGUCUAGAUGAAGCUGUGUCUACAGGUAUUGAUGUGGCAGGUUCUAGUAAAGACGAGGCAUCUACCUCUGGAAGUGUCAAGAGAAAAGCAGAAACAGAUAGUGAUGAUGAUGAUGACGAGGCUGAACUGAAAAAACACUGCAUGUGGCUUGGUAUUGUAGAAGACGAGGAAGAAGAUGAUGAAGAAGAAUUAAAAACUAGAAACCAAGAUGAGGAAAUCUCAGAAGACACAUCGGCUCCAUCAACAUCACCACCUUCUAUAUCGCCUGUUGACAUGGCAUCAGAGGCGGAGAUACAGGCAGCGGAGGAUAGUCCUGACUCAUCUACUGAACCAACUUCAAGUUCAAAGACCCUUCUGAGUAGUCUUCCUCCACCAAGAAGUGGGACUUCUUCAUCAACAACAGAAGAAGGACCAAUCAACCUUGAUGACUAUCCCUCUUCAGCGGACCUAGAAGACCUCGGCCUAGAUCGCCUGAAGAGCGCUCUGAUGGAAAGAGGAAUGAAAUGCGGCGGUACACUACAAGAAAGGGCGCAGAGACUGUACUCCGUAAGGGGUCUGGAGCCAUCCGAAAUAGACCCAUCACUGCUUGCAAAGGCAGGCAAAGGAAAGAAGGGGAAAAAGAAAUGAGCAGAGGAUGAUUGCUCGUAAGAUAUUAAAAGAGAAGACAAGCGGUCAGACAUGCUCAGGAAAUGGAAGAACUGUACAAGUGAAAAUGAUAAUAUAUCACAUUCAAGAUACACCAUAUGUAUCUCCUUUCUGCCUAUUCAGAAGCGCAGUGAUAUAACAUGGAAAGGGGAUCAUUUGAAAUGUAACGAGAACUAAUGUUCGAUGGCACCUGUUUAAUAGUAUUUUCUAAUUAAAUUUUGAAUUGUUUUGAUAUUUUAUUCCCGGAACAAGAAUAUUUAAUUUAACAAUUCAAGUUCAGGUAUUUCUCUUCUCCCAAAUAGACAAGUUUGUACAAUUUUGAAACCAGAUCCAAAAAAAACAUGAUCCAUUUUUGUAUAUUCAAUUUGGCUGUUUAUUGAAUAAAUAUUGAUAUUUUAUGUGAUUGAGAAUCAAAGGGAAUACUGAUGUUCCCUCUAAAAGAGCACAUCUUGGAUAUCAGCAAGACCAAGGAGCAUCCUCUUUAUCAACUUUCUGUUCAGAUCUACAAGCAUUUUUUAAAUUCAUAUUCAUGUAAAUAAUAAAUAUAUUUUGCUAUUUCAUACUUACUCAUUGGCCCGAAUUCACAAAGCUGGUUUUGAAAACCCGUAAAUGCUAGUGUUGAAUCUCUAAACCUUCUUCACACCGGUCUCAACACUCGAGACACCUCAGCAACAUCUCUCACACAGAAAGAGGUGAAAACCUAACCUUCCCCAACUGAGGUUAAAAUGUGAUCUGCUUAGGGUAUCUUGUUCAAAAUGCUCACUCCAACACACCUCAAUUUCUAACCAAUAAUCUCACUGCAUGUCCCUAUCGCCAAGCAACAGAAAACAAUUUAAUUGCAUUCCUUUUUGGGGGGGCAUAAAUUACUUGGAACUAUUACCUAACAAUGCAGCGACCUCAUUUUGUGUCAGCUCUGUGCAGUGUAGCAGAAAGAAGAAGGAUUAAGCUAAAAAGAAUAGUGUGCAAGCUCCUAACAAUGCAGCAGCCCUUUUUUUGCAUGCAAGCUCCUUACACGAUAGCACCUGAGGAAUGUAAGCAGCUGGUUGAACAUUAUAUGCAACAAAGGAGCAAGACUAGGACAAAAUAAAUGUCUUCACUAGUCCUGAAAAAAAAUCAUGUCCAAGGUGACAGGCCGCAUGUAUAAAAAAUGUCCAAUGCUGAUGUGCGCAUUUGUCACAGUGCACCAAAUUGACGCCUGUUACCAUGGUUAGAUAUGCUAUUUUAUUCAUGAGUCUACCAUUUGAAGAGUGGACCCAUGAAUAAAAUAGCGUAUCUAACCAUGGUAACAAGCAUCAAUUAGGCGCACUGUGACAAAAGCGCUCAUUAGAGUUGGACAUGUUCCAUACAUGCGCCCGAUACAUACUAAAUUAUGCAUAAUUUAUACAGGAAAUUUGCAUAAACCAUGGAUUCAACCGUGGGUUUUCAAAACCACCUUUGUGAAUUUGGGCCUCUAAGUCUGCUAUUAGAAAAUUGAUUAAUGUAAGCUUCCAUUGAAAUUGUUCUGGCACCAUGCAUUAUGUAUAUCUGUAUCUGUUUGUGAAGAAUUAUUUGCAAGUGUAAUGAUGGUAAAUGUCAGUUGGAAAUCCUAAAUCAAAUAUAUAUUUAAAUUAUGGUUAGCCGAGGUAAAAUUACCCUCUGAACACACUGGCAGUUGGACAGUUUGGUCAGCAUAUGAUGACAUACGUAUGACAACCCAUUUCUGUAUUUAAUUCUGUUUAUAGGUAUCCAACAUUCCAUUCUUGAUAUCUUAAAGUUCCUAUAGUUCACACAAAGUAUCAAUAUCAUGAAAUCAUAUUGUGUUAAUAUAAGGAAGUUCUUGAUAUCAACAUGUAGGAUUAAAUGAGGAAAUGGCUUGCCAUGCAUGAUGGCAUAGGCUAACUAAAACAUCUGGGUGGGUGUUUCAUAAAGCUGUUCAUAAGUCAGAGAAACUUUCAGAAUGACUGGUGAACCUAUCUUACACGCUUAAUAAACACCAAUGAACAUUUUAAUGGUAAAUAUCUUUAUCACAAGAAAAGAUCACUAGUUGUUCUUAAUGUCACUCUAAACAUACAGCUUUACGAAACAGCCCCCAGAUGUGACACAAACCAAUGAACACUGAAUCUUU